AUGUCGAUGUUCUCCGACACCCCGCUGCUUCACAUCAAUUUCGAACGCAAGCCCCUCCUCGCCCCAGCGAUCGAUGCUCCUCACAUUCUCAUCAUCGGUGGUGGUAUCAUCGGAAUGUCUACUGCCUGGACGCUGCUCGACAGCGGCUUCAAGGUCACCGUGCUCGCUCAGCAAUUCGCCUCGCGCGACGGCGUGCGCCUAACGUCCCAGAUUGCAGGCGCAUUGUGGGAGUAUCCGCCCGCGGUGUGCGGUCACACCUCGGACGCGACGGCUCUAGAGAGCUCGAAGCGCUGGGCCAUGAUUUCCUACCACGUCUACAAGUACAUGGCCGCCAACCCCGUGCUCCGCGAGCGGUACAGUGUCCAAAUGCGCGAGACGGUGUUCUUCUUCGACAAGCGCGUCCAGGAGGACCCGGCCCAGCUGCACAAGAUGCGCGAGAUGGAGCGCAGCGGCAUCGCCGGCUUCCGCCACGACAUCAGCGUGAUGCACGAGCUCGGCUUGGACGAGACGCGGUGGGUCGACGCGUACGAGGUGCUCUCGCCGCUCAUCGACACGGACCUGGCGCUCUGGCGCAUCACGAAGCUCGUUGAGUACAAAGGCGCGAAGCUUGUCGUCGGGUCUAUCACUGGGGACUUGCUCGCGCAGGAGCAAGCGUUGCUGAUGGAGCACCGGGCCGACGCGAUCGUGAACGCCUCCGGCCUGGGUGCGUACACGCUCGCGAACGACGACCAGGUGUACCCCCUCCGCGGAGCCGUCCUCCGCCUACUCAACGAUGGUGAGAAGUUCGAGAAAAUCAAGAAGGCGCUUGUCGUGAGCGCGACGGCCAACGGGCACGUGAAGUCUGACUUCAUCUUCAUCGUCCCGCGCAACGAGAACAUCCUCUACGUCGGCGGCUUUUCCGAGCCGGACCAGGUCGACCGCAUCGACGAGGACCACGAGAACGUGCAGAAGGUGAUACGUGACGCGCAGGAGUUCCUCCCCGACCUCGACCUGUCCCACCGCGACCCCGCGUACCCGCUCGCGCAAGGCCUCCGCCCCGCACGCAUCGGCGACUUGCGCGUCGAACGCGAGCUGCGCCCGCCCGUGGGCGGGGCGGGCCCGCUCCACAGCCGCAUCGUACACUGCUACGGGCACGCGGGCGCGGGCUGGUCGCUUGCCUUCGGGAGCGCGCUCGAGGUGAAGACGCUCGUCGAGGACGCGCUGGAGCAGCUGCCGCCGGACGCGAUGCACCACGCGGCGUCGAGCGCGGUGUCGCACGCGACAGUGAGCCACCUGGAGAACCACGGUGCGUUGAAGAAGCCGACCAUGGAUGCCGUGCGUGCCGAGGCGGUCCAGAAAUGGCUCGCGGAGCCGAUCGAGUUCCACGACUGA